AUGAUAUUUUGUUGUGAACCCUUUGCAACAAAUUGGCUAGAUGUUUUCCCAGAAAGAUUUCUUCCCCCUCCUACAGUGUAUGAAUACACAGCGAAUGGACUUAAAGCUGUUGAGCCAUUGGAAUAUCUCAAGGAUCCAAAAAAAUUCAUUUUUGCUGAUUUAGAGAAACGAUUAAUCAUUAAGAAUCUACCCGCCAAAGCGAAAGAGUUUAAACAAUGUCCACUCGAUCUCUACUGCCCUUCAAUGCAGGAAAAACUUAAGAAGUGCGUUUGCGAAAAAUGUGGUAGCUAUUGGCCCAGCGAAGCUGCGAAAAACCGCCAUAAAAAGAGCCACUCGGUGAAGGAAAGUGCAGCCUGUCAGGCUAAAGAUAGCGAUACACUUGGCCAGGACGACGUGGAAGAAGAUGUUAUGGAGGAAGAAGACAAUGGCAGCGCUUCUCAUGCAAUGGAAAUUUGUAGCGACGUUGAAAGCGAGUCGAACUGCAUCAUGCCAGUAAUUGAAAACCUCGCUGAAUUUCUGAACUCGCCAUUUGUGGAAAAAUGAGCUAUUU